AUGAAAAUAAGCGGAACCAAAGCGCAGCACACACAAGAGGAAGCAGAUGAUGACUUUGGGGAUUUUAAUAAGAUGCUAGGGCAGGAACUUGAUGGAAGCCCCUCAGACAGCGAGAAUGAGGAAGAGAACGAGGAGUGCAGUGCGUCUGAGGAAAGCCGCCCAGACUGCAGCAGUGAAGGCGCUGACAUAGAAGAAGAACUUUUGAAGCUGGAUGAAAUGAACAAGCAGCAAGAGGAGAAACAAAGUGUGCCUGUUCAGGUUGAAGACAUGACAAGCACGUACAGACUGCUUGCUACAAUGCACAAGGAAGGCGCAGCUGGUGUGCUUGACCCAAGUGAGUACGAGUUUUUAAAGAUAUUUAGUGACCCGAAUGCAGAGCAAAUCCUGCAAGACCAGGCAAGUGAUCUGAUCAGGCAGGUGGAAGCCCUGUUUAAAACACCCGUGUACAAGAAACUUAAUAAACAGAAACUUCUGCGGCAGAGGAUAAACCACAGCAUAUCAGAAAAAACAAAGCAGUACUUGAACAAAUAUGAUGACAUGCCCUUCAUAGUGAGCAUAACCAAGGACUUCUGCUACAAAACAGGAACAAAGCUCUUUAGGAAGAAAACAGGCGGAAAGCACAUCCCAAAAAUAAACAGAAAGACGUAUGAUAAGAUGGUCGGGUUCUGUGUGCCUGUAGGAGAGUAUAAGUGGUCAGAAGAAAAGAACGAAGAGUUCAUUAAUUGUGUGCUUAGAAGGUAA